UUUUUUUCUUUUCUUUUUUUCUUCCCCUGAAUACUGUCAUGUCUAGAUUACCGACGGUUGGCCUUGCUAUCAGCCAUACAACUCUUCCAACACCAACAAGAAAGUUAUCCAGAAAAUCUUCUCUGGACCUGAGAAAGAGAAAGACGAUAUCAGAAGAUGUUCCACCUGUACCUAGAACAUCCAAAUCAACAACGAAAGCACGAUCACGCUCUUUUAUAGGCGGUGACGUUCCUCAUCCCUCACAAAGCACUUUUACAAUGCCAAACACACCUAGAAGUUCUAUCACCACUUCCCCUAAGCCUACAGGCAAUCGAUCAUCCUACCACAGUCGAUUCCCUGCUAUAGGUGAUCGUGUCGCUGUUGACUCUAUGAAUAUUAUUGGUACCUUAAAAUUCUUGGGUGAAGCAGAAUUCAAGGAGGGUUACUGGGCCGGUAUUCAACUGGAUAUACUUGGCUCUGGUAAAAAUGACGGAUCCGUUAAAGGCAUACGAUAUUUUUCUUGUCCUCCUCAAACAGGUCUUUUUGUAUUAGCUUCCAAAAUAACUCCUCUGGACUCUGACUCCGAUUCCGUCAGAUCACUCUCUCCGCCUAUGCAAUCACCACUUCAAAAUAGUAAUAGUACCAACAAGCUUUCUUUGAUCACAAAUGGUUCCAAGGCUGCUCGUUAUGUAGGAAUGACUGCUAAUCAACUAUCUCAACAACAACAACAACAACAACAACAACAACCUAGUAAAAGAAAGACUCGUACUCCUUCAUUAUCUAUGCGUUCUUCUACUUCUUCUCUUCAAACACCUUUGACUUCUCCGGUUUCCGGUAAUCCCAGUAGUACUCGCAACAGCUUCCGUAGAUCGCAACCCAUGGUUCAAUCUCCGACACCAACGCACUAUAACCGUGGUAUCCCUUCUCCUGCCAUGACACCCACAAGCCAUAGUGUUCAAGAUAAUCCUGACGAAUAUUACCAUCUCAUGUCUUCCUCUUCAACAGACGAUAUGCUCAUUACUGAAACACCCAUUCCUGAUAACAUUGCUUUAUCCAAGUCAUUGACAACCAAUGAACAUCCACAAGAGGAUACUACCACUUCAUCAGAAUCACCUCACCAAAGACUCGAGCGCGUGUUGGGUGAAGCCAUUGCUCAGGCACCUGAUGAAACUGUCAUGCGUCUACAACAAUUGCAACUCCGAGUAGAAGUACUUGAAGCAGAAAAUAAGUUUCUUAAAUUAGAAAACACACAAAAUAAAACGGCUGAGCAAAUCCUUGAACGUUCUCUCGUCUUGAACAAGAAGGGUAGUAACGAUGAAGAACUCUUUACUCUGGAAGGACACAAAGCCAUUGUAGAAGAAAUCAAGGAGAAGCAUGCAGCUGAAAUCAAGACACUUUCAACUCAACAACAAGAGACAGCGCAAGCCAUCCAACGUCUAGAAACGCGAGUCCAGGAACUAGAAGCAGAACAACAACAGCUGAUUACAGAAAGAGACAAGUCUUUGUUUGAUAUCAGCACCGUUCGUAAAGAAAAAUCUGUGGUUGAACAUCGUGUUCAUGAACUUGAGAGCAAAGUGGCUGAAGCAGAGGCUGCUACGGCUGCUGCCCAAGCAGGUGAAAAGCUCUUGUUGGAAAAGACCAAGACACUUCAACAACAGUUGUCUGCUGCUGCUUCUGCUGCAAAUGAUUAUAAUCCUCAACAUUACUUCCAGCCAGGUUCUUCUGAUAACCAAGACUUUAUGGAACGUCAAAUGAAGCUUGAGAUGGAGAUGGAAGAAGUACAUGAAAAAAUGAGUUCAUUGCGUGAUGCUGCUCGUGCUAAAGAUAUGUUCUUGACUGCCCUGACAGAACAAGUCGAACAACACCGCAAUGCGGUUGAAGAAAAAGAAAGAGAACUUCGUAGAGUCAAGGCUGAUGCUGAACGCCAUAUUCGUGAAAAGGAACGAUUGCUAGAAGAACUCAAGGAUGUCGAAACCAAAUGGCUUGCUCAUCAAGACUGUGCUUCUAAAGAAGCAUUUGAUAAAAUCAAGAAAGAGUUGACUACUGUCAAAGAAAGCUAUGCUAAAGAACAUACUUUGGUCAAGGAACUCGAGAAGACAGUGGAUGAACUCAAGCUUGCUGGUAUGGAAAGUAUCGAGCUUUAUGAAAGUUCUGUUGAAAUGAACCGUGUCGAUCGUGAAGCCAUCAAUGCUAGCUUAGCUGAUGAACGUCGUAAAGUAGCAUCUUUGGAGCUUGAGCGUGAAGAUUUGCGUAAAGCUGGUUUAGAUGCCAUUGAAGCCUAUGAAUCUACGAUUGAAGAGAUGAAGAAAGAGCGUGCCUUACAAUUGGAAGAACACAACAUGCGUCGUGAGGCUAUGCAAGCUACAAUUGAUACCUUGAAGCAAGAGAUUGAUCAGUUGAUGAAGAAUGUCGAAUCUGAAGAAAAGCAUAACAUUGUCAAAGAUGUUUGGGAGAAUGAGCGUAAACGAUUGAUGGAGCAAAUUGAGACGCUUGAGCGUGAAAAAGCCAGUCAUGAAGCAUUCAAGACAGAAGCUGAAGCAUGGAAAGAACAGACAAAGGAAACCGAGAAGCUCAUCAAGGAAAAGAUCAAGCUAGAAGAACAAUUGGGUCGCUUACAAGCUGACUUUGAUGAUCAAUUAGCUGCCCGUACCAAGUACUUGGAUGAAAUUCGUGCUGCUGUUGAAAGCCAAAAGAAGACAGAAGGUGAACUUAGACGCUUGACUGAAGCAAAAGAGAAACUUGAGCGAGAAUUGGCUGAUAAAUCAACAACCAAGUCGACUGGUGUGAAUGAAAAGCAAUAUCAAUUAGAAGUCGAAACUUUUCAAAGCGAGAUUGAAAAGUUGAAAGCACACAAUGCCUUGUUAUUAAAGCAAAAAGAACAAUCAGACCAAAGUCAACAAGAUGUUGCACAAUACCAACAAUUGAUUGCUUCCCUCAAAUCUGAAAACAAGAAAUCUGCUGCAGAGUAUACCAAACUUGAAGAAUCACACAAGCAAACUGAGAUGGAAUUACUCAAGUUGAUGGAAGAAGUUGAAAAAUUGCAUCAGCAAGCUAGCCAAGAUGAUUCUACCAAGCUUAUCUUGAAGGACGAAAACCUUAGUGAAGAUGACAAGUUGGCUCAAAUCUUGCAACAACAACAAAAGAAGCUUGAGCAACUUUCCAUUCAACACGCUACUGAAUUAAGAAAAGCUAAAGAAAAUGGUGAAAACAUUGAAAAAGAAUCCAAGCGUCAGGUCACUAUGCUUAACCGUGACAUUUCAGAACUUGAAAGCUUAAUUGAAAGUAAGAUUUUCAAAGAAGCUGACUUGGAAGAGGCACUCGAAAAGGAACGUAAGCAAGUUAAGAAAUUGAUGCAAGAAUUACAAGAUUUGAAGGAAGAUAACAAGUUGCGUGAAAGUUCUUCCUCUUCUACAUUCAGAAAAGAACAAAGCAGAAAGGAGGAACAAAAAAAUCAUGAAGAAUCAAGUUUGUAUUGCGAAAUCUGUGAAGUACCAGGACAUGAUUUAAUUAGCUGUAAAGCAGUUUCAAUCUCAAAAGACGAACUAGAAAGAUCUUAGUAACACUUUACAAACAAAUGUCCUGAUCAAAAUUUUGCCUUGUUAAUCUAACACCUACAUAUUUCCUUUUUUUUUUGAUACCAUUUUUGUAUAUUUGUUUAUUCCCUUCUUUUAACAACAUUUUCUCCUUAUUAUACAUAUACAACUUGUUCAUGCGCGCCUACUUAUAUAUAUAUAUAUAUAUACUAUAUACAUAGUAUUUAUUCCUUUACUUUUAUG